AUGGUAUAUUUUUGCCACUGGGUCAGGUCACCCACUGUAUAUCCAUAUUUCUACGGUAGAGCAAUGUUUCGGCAUUUAUCUCUGACCGCACUCCGUUUUUGCGUACUCUCUCGGUCGCAAAGAUCGCUGAAUAUCUCAGCCGAGCUGGCAAUGCGUGAGCUAACAUUUUUAGGAAUUGAUAUGUUACGUAUUCUCGGCAUAUAUGUGAAAAAAAUAAUGUAAAAUUUGUUUCAGUCCGGCGAUGUUACACAAGGAACACUAUUGGUGGUGUUAGAAGGCCUUGGCGGCCUGUACAGUCCACAGGCUCAGCAAAUCUUUAUAAUCGUUUUUGCGCACAGUGUCGUGUUGGUGGUAUUUAUGUUGCCAAUGAACUGCUAUUGCCGGCAUGUGCUGAUAAUGACGUAAGCAGAGUGCGAUAAGAACAGGCUAAACUGUCGGCUUUCUUUUGAUAUCGGUGUUUCAGAUCUCGACCGCUUCGUCCGUCCAAAACAUUCCUAGUAUUCGGGGUUGCUUGCAUGCUAGCUGGUUUGUUAGCCACUUGGGCCGGUCUUGCGUUCACAUGGGACGGCAAUGGCCGACUUUACGGCUCGUGCCUUAUCCGGAGUAAUCGGCUGAUUUUGAGGGCUGCUGUGGUAAGCUUAUUUAACUUAUUUUGCUGACGACAUAAAGGAGAGUGUUGUCAAAGAAAGCGCUCAGGAUUAAUGUGUGAAAAUUUCGAAAAGGUGACAAUGCAUGUACAGCAAAAAAUGGAAACUUCUUCAUUGGGUCCUGACGCGAAAAUUUUUAAGUGCAGCAAAAUUAUUUUCAUACUGUUAAAUUCUACGUGGUUUUCUCUCCUAGGCCUUAUAAUUUCAUGUCCGUAUCGGUUUACUAACAUUCUUUUUUGUGAAUGACGAACAGAGGGAUCUCGAUUUCGGACCUGUUUUUUAACCUGUGCGAAUUGCUAAUUUGCCCGGCAUUUCAGGACGACCUCUUCACUAAACUCUGUUUUCUGUCCAUCUUGAUUUGCUACGCCACCGUCUAUGUGGCUUCGAUUUACUGGGCUCGCCAAACCUUGUUCUACAUCAAACAAAGGAGACGGUCUUAUAGUUCGAAAGCUCUUUCACUUCAGCAACAGCUGACAAGGAUCAUGAUUGUGCAGGUAUGAAAAAAGUUGUGAGGAGAUUGGCUUCAUCUUAUGCAACACAAAAUUCUAAGGCUUCUAAAUUAUACCUACUUUGGACAGAACGAUUGAUUUUCGGGAUUUUUUGUACAUAUUUGUCGCGAAAAUUGCUGGAUUUCAAGGCUUUUAUAACAAAUUUGCUACUAAGCACAACAUCAGAUACUGAGGAGUCAUUGACCAUAAGAUAAAAAAUUUAAAACGAUUUUUUAAGGCCAUUGUCCCUAUUCUGACCUCGGUUGGCCCGGGAAUCAUGAACGCAGUGACAAUGCUGCUCAAAGUGGAAGCUGGAAACUUCGGAAUGACAGUCUACGGACUUGUCAGUUGGAUUCCGUUUGCAAAUCCGUUGGCUACAAUCAUCAUCAUCAAGCCGUACAGAAAGCAUCUAUUGCGGAUGUUUGGGGCGAAGAAACUGUUCAGCGUUUCCAGUUCCACCGGAGGUUCCUACUCAGUAACUCGUGUAGUUAGCUUUGUCAGUAAAACGCAAAAUUAA